UUUUGCCAUUGAUUUGCACAUUUUCCAGUAGUAGGUUUUUAUUUAUUUCUCUCCCUUUACCUAUUAAACUAAAUAAUAACUAGGAGAAAUAUCAUAAUGGCUGAUCACGAAAUCAAUGGUACUGAAGAUGAGGUGCAGGAUAAAAAACAAAAGAAACAAACCAAACACGAUGGAGGGGCUGCUGAUCUAGAGCGAGUGACGGAUUAUGCUGAGGAAAAGGAAAUCUCCACUGCCAACAUAUCAAGUGCUGUCGAGCAAUUUGGUAACCAACGUCAAAAGGAAGAUGAGUUGAAGGUGGCCAAAGAAAUGGAGUUACAAAAAGUACAAGUGAAAAAGGAAGACAUUGAGCUUAUUAUGAAUGAAAUGCUAAUAAGCAAAAUGCAUGCCGAAAAAGUACUUCGUGAGCAAAGAGGCGAUGUUGUAGCAGCUCUGGAAGCCAUUAUAGCCAAUUAGGUGUUACCUUUUUAUUUUUUUUAAUAAGUUCUCAAUAAAAUGUUUAGAUAAAUUCCCA